UUAUUUAUAUGAUGAUAAUGAUUCAGUACAAUAUUUACUUAUUACAAUAUUACAUAAUAAUUUUACUAAGUUAUACUUUCAAUGAAAUUGAUGCUAAACAACAUAAACGUAUGUACCAACCUCUCUCGUUGGAACUAAUCCAUUAUAUCAAUUAUGAGGCCAAUACGACUUGGAAAGCUGCUCCUACUACAAGAUUUAGGACAGUAUCUGAUAUUCGUAGAAUGUUAGGUACACUUCCAGAUCCAAAUAAUGAACAACUAGAGACUUUAUGUGCUGGUUACACAUCAGAUGAAUUACCCAAGAGCUUUGAUGCGAGGGUAGAAUGGCCACAUUGUCCUUCUAUCUCUGAAAUACGUGACCAGUCAUCUUGUGGUUCUUGUUGGGCAUUUGGGGCAGUUGAAGCUAUGUCUGAUCGUAUUUGUAUAAAAUCAAAAGGGAAGCAUAAGCCAUUUUUAAGUGCAGAAAAUCUGGUAUCUUGUUGUUCAUCCUGUGGAAUGGGUUGUAAUGGUGGUUUCCCACAUUCAGCAUGGUUAUAUUGGAAAAACCAAGGUAUAGUAACAGGUGAUUUAUAUAAUACAACAAACGGUUGUCAGCCCUAUGAAUUUCCACCGUGUGAACACCAUGUGGUCGGUCCAUUACCUUCAUGUGGUGAUGAUGUUGUAACACCUCCAUGUAAAACAACUUGCCAACCAGGAUAUAAUAUAUCAUAUGAGAAGGAUAAAUGGUAUGGUAAGUUGAACGAUUUAAACACUGAUUCACAGUAUACAUAUGUACAUAUGCAUGAUGCAUUUAUGGUUUUGAAACGUUAUAUAUUAUAAUAGUCACUUCAAUAAUGAAUCAUUAGUUACCUUGUUAUUAAACUCACAGAUAGAACUCGCUUCUAGAGUCAGAUCACUGACUAUACUAUUAUGAAAUGUGUGCAUAGAUAUUUUGAAAUAAUUUACCUCAUUCAGUAUAACUUUUAUAUUGUUAGCUCUGAGCAUUCUUUAGAUUCCGUUAAAUUAGGGAUUUCUGUAGUCUAUGAAUUAUCUUAGAGGUAAUAAGAUAUAAUUUAAACACUAAAGACAUAUAAAGCUAAAAGUGAUUCAUUAUUCCUGGAGUUUCAAUCUGAUAUAGCUGUAUAUGUUAAAAAAUGUAUGUCUGCAGAUUAUUAAGGCCACUUGUGAUUGAACUUCUUUUUCAAGUCACUCAAGAAUAAUAUCCUUCUAUGGUGAUGACAACCGGAAAGUGACAACUGCCUUCAUACACCUAUCACCAACCAGUAUCUUAAUGUUGACGACAGAAUGCUUCCCUUACCUUUUAACAAAUCUAUCAUCCCCACAACUAACCCUUCUCGUAUAUUUUUAUCACAAAAUGUUAUCUGUGGUCUCCUGAAAUCACACUCUAAACUACAUGUUAGAGCUUCUAAUUUUCGAACCUUGUAUUAUAAACGACAACAAGAUUCUUUAGUUAGGACUCUAGAAUCUCACACCUUCGACGUGUUGUGCGUCCGUGAAACAGGCAUACGGGACCUGAGUACAACCACUCAUUCGAUCUCAUCUUGUCAGCGGAAAGAACUUGCACGAUUUACCUGUCGAUUAUCUGGAGACCCCACCGCUACUUCCUAUGGCCUCGCUGGUGUAGGUAUAGUAUUCAGUUCUAAAGCAGAACAGGCUCUAUUACACAGGUACCCAGUGGGAAGUGCGCUGUUCAACUAAAGGAGACAGUAGAAACUCGAAAAUAUUAAGACACACGCCGUUGAUUUUUCGUUAUCUCUGCCUACGUUCCCCUUGAUUGCAGCUACAAUGAGGUUAAAAAUGAACUUUAUAGCAAGCUAUCAAACCUUAUCCUAAAAGCUAAACGCUUUGAUGUAAUAAAACUUGAGUUUUAUUUUAACGUUCAAGUCGGAAGACUGAACCAAACUGAAGGGCAAUUAGAUGAAUAUGACAGCGUUGUGUCUCAGUGAAUAGAUAAUUGCGACCAUUUACCUCUAUAAUGCUCGGACAACCGUCUGUUUCUAACAGACACCAACUUUGAACGUAAGGGGAAAUAUCAUCUGACGUAGCGACCUUCACAACCGACUCAUCGAUGGACCUUAAUUGAUCACAUCGUCGUUAGCCAUCGUAGUAGGCGCUCAACAGAACACUGUAGCUCAUUCUGAAACACACGUCUGGACUCGGAUCACGCUCUAAUUUCAGCGUAAAUUUGUCUGCGUCUUACCAGAUAUAGAAAAGUCGCAGCACGGAAACUUGAUGGUGAAUAGGUUAAAAAUAUUUUUUAGGAACGCCUAGUGAAGUAGUUACUCAACCACUAAAGUGAUAUCCAAUCCUAGGUAUCUUUCUAUGACAUCCAGAAAGCUGUGGAAACAGCAGUGACAUCUACCAAUUACUUAGACAAAGGGGUUAGGAUGAACUAGUGGAUUCCAGAGGUGUCUACUGAACCGAUAGAUGGUCGGGAACUCAUCCUAUCUGGCUCCGAAUACGAUGACUGAAUGGAGGCAGCUUAAACGUAGGCCAAUAAAAAAGUCCUCUUAUUGUGGUCUGCGUGAUAAUCAUAACCGGUUGCUAAAGACUGAAUGACAUGGCUCAAAAUUGUUUACAUUGAUACAGUUGCAUUAAUUUUUUGUGUUCCUCCAAAUACUGAACUUCUGAUUUAGUGAUAAUUUUUUUCUUUCACUGAUUUAUAUUUUCUCGAAUUGUAUCUUUGAUACCUGAUGUUUUCUAUCACCACUCGAACUGUUAAUACUCCUACUAUUCCGGGAUUUGACCUGACAAUUUGCGAUAAUUAAAAGCCUUCAGACUAUUCUAUGAACUAGGAAUCCACGAGAUAAUGCAGUUUAAUUCAGGUCGAACUAUGUGGGCACAAACGAACGUAUUGUAUUUGGACCUCCAAACCAGGUGCACAUCGAGUACAAAAGAAUCACUAGUUCAUAUGAACACCACAAAAUUUCACCUCUCUGUGCUAGUGGGGUAUGGUGAUGUGAACCGGUGGAUAUACGUACAAGGUUCUACGUUGCGACUUACUGACUGACAUUACAGUUUGUUCCUCAAUUGUCUGAUAUGCAUAUUGUCGGAGACGAUUUAUAAUGACUUAGUUAUAAGUAAAGUGACUAAGUGGGUUACCAAAUGGAUCGAUAGUUUUCCACAGCCAGUGAUACAUGAGAUUUAAGGUUUUCACACAAGUGGUGGACAGGAAAGCUUCUUCCGAAAAUACGUAUAUAUUUCUUUUCAAUUUCAACAAACUUUGGUUUGGAAAAGAUCAGCCGAAAAAAUAUUGUGAAUGUAUGUUCAUAAGUAAUUUAAUUUUACGAAAUCAGUUCUCGCUGUACAUUGGUCAACAUUUCAUUUACAGGUGAAAAAGUCUAUCGCGUUCAUUCAAAUCCAGAAGCUAUCAUGCGAGAGCUAAUGCAAAAUGGACCAGUUGAAGUAGAUUUUGAAGUGUAUGCCGAUUUCCCAAAUUACAAAUCAGGUGUUUACCAACACGUUAGUGGAGCCCUACUUGGUGGACAUGCAGUGCGUUUACUUGGUUGGGGUGAAGAGAAUAAUGUACCCUACUGGUUAAUUGCUAAUUCAUGGAAUAGUGAUUGGGGGGAUAAUGGUUAUUUUAAAAUAGUUCGUGGUAAAAAUGAAUGUGGGAUUGAAAAUGAUGUCAAUGCUGGAAUACCAAAAACAAAAUACUAGAGAUUUUGGUGAAAUAUUUUAUUUGUAUAUCUGCAUGUCUGCAAGUAAAUUGGCUUCUGUAAUUCAUUAUUAUCAUCAUCAUGAAUACAAUAUUUACUUGGAAACUGAGGAAAACAUGAAUAAUAAUUAAAACUGGACAAUCUCCCCAGUAUUUUAUUUAAAAAUGUAGUAGCCAUUUCGAAUAUUAAGUAUUUUUUCUCAAUAUUUCAAAUAUUAUUUAUAAAUAUACCCCU